UUCCCCCGACAUGUUGGCCCGGGUGCUUUAUCAUUCAAUUUGGCUGUUCUAAACGCUAGGCAGGUCCUUUCUGCUCGUGUGCACAAGACAGUUCGCACCGUGCGCCGGACUCUGCUUCAUUCGGCUGCAGCAGUCGUAUCGACCGUGGUGUCUGUCACGAAAGCCAUUAAAGUCGAAGAAGAGGCUUCUGGCUGUGAAGACGUCGAGGGCAAACACUCUUCUGAGAAUGAUUCGUUCACCGUGGGGCAGCCAAUGGCACACCCGCACCACAAGAAGUAUCAGUGCCGGUUCUGCCCUUUCUCCAGCUGUCAAAGUAGGGGCAUCAAGAGGCAUGAAAGAACGCACACAGGCGAGAAGCCCUUCAGCUGCCGCAUCUGCCACAGAGUGUUUGCACUGAAGAGUAACCUGCAGGUUCAUGAGAGAAUUCACACAGCUUUCUUUCUAAAGGAGAACCACUGCCACAACCACGUUCUGCAUAGGAGACAGCAUACCAGCAGUUUCAAUUGCACCACGGUGAAUGGGGUAUUGAACGGUCACGACUCCAGAAGAUUGUCCUUCGGAUUUGCGAAAGGACCUGCCUUUAUGAGUCAAGGAUACAUUCUUGGCUUCGAGGGCAGAGGAAGCAAGCACCUCUAUCCCGAAGACUGGUUGAACAGACGGCAGCGGACUGUGACUCGGCGACGGGUGCACCAGUGUCGCUUCUGCCCUUACUCCAGCCACUUUAAGACCGCCGUCACUGUUCAUGAGAGGACGCACACCGGCGAGAAACUGUUUAGCUGCAGCAUCUGCCAGAAGGCAUUUUCGCGGGAGUAUCACUUGCGGGUUCACGCAAGGUGCCACACCGGCGAACGACCGUUCAGGUGCCAAAUCUGCGAGAAAACGUUUGCAGACAUGAGCCACUUGGUUCGUCACGGUACAAUCCACACCGGCAACAAACCGUUCAAGUGUGGCAUGUGCGAUGCUGCGUUUGAUGACAGGUUCCACUUGAGGUGCCACGAGAGGGUUCACAGUGGAGAGCGGCCGUUCCGGUGCGAGGAGUGUGGAAAAACGUUCAUGCAAAAAGUCAGUUUAAAUGUGCAUCAAAGGGGGCAUCAUCCAUAAGGGACACCCGUUCCAAAGUACAGUCCUAACCAAACUUACGCUAUGGUGCCUGGAACACAUUUACGACUGGUACUGUGGUCUCGAUUUCUGCCUGAUGACGUCAUAAAAGUGUCAUGUCGUCGCCGGCCGUGAUCCUGGUUGUGUCGCAACAGAGGCAGUGGAUGUGGCAAACAGCUGUACUGCUGCCCGUCGCUCCUUAGCUUGACAAUCGGCAGAAGUUUGGACAGCCAGGAGUUUGGGAGUUCUAGACCGAACUGCUAGGAUUGCGACGUCUGACAUGACACACCGGCUUCUGUGACGUCAUUCGUUGCCACUUCGGGACCACUUUUGAUACAUGGAAUAGGAUGCUAAUCCCACCAUUCGAACGUGCGUUCUAGAUUCCUUACUUACACGGAACAUCCAAACUGCGCCUUAUCUCGUGGGAGCUAUAUUCUGGUUGCGGCCAGAGAACUGCACAAUGACGUAGCGCUAUAUGGAACAGCCCAAGUAAGAGAGGCUGUUCAUUGAUGGUCAAUAUCGCUGUUGGAACGUGAACACUAUGAUUUCAGCAGACACCUGUGCACUGGAUGCGAAUAAAGUCCCUCGAUAAAAUUCACGCUUAAAAGUUCCGCCAACCAUUAUUGUGGAAAUGUGCAAGACACGUGUCACAUGCUCCGCCGCCAUUCGCUUCUAAGGGCCACUCGUUUCAGUGCUGCUAGCACACUGUAGUGCUGCACCGCCAUUUGCUUCCAAGGGCCACUCCAGACAAGUGCCUCGUGCACUGGCGCGUUUGACGCUACUUGUGAUACCAACGCAAGCACAUUGAGGGUCUUUAAAGCGGCGAAAAAUGAAAAUCGCCCAGCAAGCAAAAUUGCCGUGUUGUCCUCAAUCCAACCGCCAUUUUGGUACCGAACGAGCGGCCUCCCCUGCUUUGGCUCCAUUAAGCGCUACGUCGUGCAGUUCUCUGGAUGCUGCUAGGAUAGCGGCUCUCACGAGAUAAGACGUGGUCCGUGUGUUCUGCAUAAGUUUGGCGACCUCUGUACAGGGAGGUGUAGCAUGGUACAUUUGUGCCGUGUCGUUUUACCCUUUCAUUCAAGGCUGUCUCGACGGACUACGCGCUAACUGAUUGCCCCUUUGAAAACCAUCUGUGAUUUGCCAAAAACUGAUUGUUUUCUGGCAUUCCCUAGAGUUGGUGCAACUCGUAGAGAACUUGCUUUAAAGGAGGGGCUCCUUGCAACAUGCAUGUAAGCGCCUUCUUGUUAUGUCGUGUCCCGGAGUAUCUGACUUGUGUGUACUGUCGAGACCAGUUAUAUCGAAAUCAACGGGAAUCAGAAAUCACUUUGCUAUAUUCGCUAUUUCGUUAUAACUGACCUGUGUUAUAACCUGCCGUAAAGAGGCAGUAGAGAAAUUAUAUACUUUCGUGCAAUGGGAAAUCUCGGACAGCUGCUUGUGGAACCUGUAGAUUAUAUUAAGUAAAUCUCUCCAACACCACCCUUUACUUUCCCUCUCACUCACCCUCUUUCUCAUCAUAUUCAUGACGAGGUGGGUAUGGGGAAUUUAGUACUUUGCACAGAUUUUUGCAUUCUGUGUCAGGCCAGCUGGCUGAUGUGUACAUUUCACCGAUAUACAAGCAGUGACCCAAAAGAAAGCGGAUUUUAUUUUUAUAAAAUUGCGUAUUUAUUUUUACGCGCCUAAAUUCCAGUCACCUUCAAAGUACUCUCUGCCUAAUGCAAUGCACUUGUCAAGAAGUUUAUUACAAUGCUCAAAUAGCCUUUAAACCCGUCGGUUUGGAUGCCUUUUAGUGCUUUGGCCACUUUUUGUUUAAUCUCUUCCGCACCGACAAACUUAAUAUUGAUUACUUUUAAUUUUUAUCCGGGGAAACAAAAACAUUGUGCGGGGCAAUGCCCGGUUGAAUAGGCAGGGUAGGCCAUGCUGUUUUUGUCAAAAACUGCUGAAUGUUCGGCACGGUGUGGGCAAAAUGUCAACCCAAAUUAUGGUGAGACUGGUUCGUCCACCAUGACAAUGCACCUGUCGUAGCGCACUGAGUGUACAGCAGUUUUUUCAGCAAAAAUGGUACGAUUCCCUGUGCCCCACCCUCCCUAUACACCCAAUCUUGCUGUCUCCCCAGAUGAAAAAGUUCUCAUAGGUAAAUGGCUUGAAGAUGUGGAAGACGUACAUGGAACUAAAAGCAGCUGAAGCACUGAAAGAAUCGUUGACCUUAAGCGCUAUUUUUAGCAUUAAUUGGAAGAAACGUUUCCACAAGUGCAUUGCAUUAGGCGAACAUUAAAGGUGACAGAGUUGAACGUGUAAAUAUAAAAGAUUUUGUAAAAAUAAAUUCCGGUUUUUUUAAUCCCUCCCUCCCUCCUUCCUCCCCUCCCUCCCUCACCCCCCCCCCCCCCCCUUGUACGUACUGAGCUGUCCACUUCAAGCGUGGGAACGAUUUUAAAUGAUGUGCAGAACUAACAACCUGCUCAAAUAAAAAAUACUUACGCUGGGCUGUGUCAUAGCCUCCUAUAUACUGGCAAAGCCUGGCAGAUUGCCACGAGAAGCGGCUACCGAAAUGUUAAAGGUGGAGUGGCAGACAAUGGAUGAGAAGAGGCACGUGACUGGCGCCCCGCUGCAAUGAGACGCCGAAACCCACUUCUCCCAAGCGAACAAGUGUGUUUUGGGUCCUCGAUGCUGCAAAAGCUGUGCGCUGACAUCCAGGUUUCCCGAGAAAUGGCUCUUCGAUGGUCUGUGCUACAAGAUCCUUGCGCUCCAAAUUUGUGACAGGGAAUUCUAUGGCUCGGUCGUCGAACUGCCAGGCUUUGCGAGUAUAGAGGAGGCUAUGGCUGUGUCAAUGCCACCUAGACAGCAAGGCGGUAGCACUGGAUGUACUAGGUCGCCUACAAGAAGCCAGAGCAGAUUGGACUCGAGUCGCGUUGGCGGUCGGCUGGGAUUCGUGUUUUCACCGACUGGACACGACUCCUGUCCGAAAGCAGACACGUCACUCUUGUGUAAUCUGUGCCCCGCACAUGCUACUUGUAGGUGCCUUGGAAUGCCUAUCGCUUCAACCUUGCUAUCCGGGAGUUGUUGGCUGUGUCGACGUUUCGCAGCGUGCAGUACCUUCGGGGCUCAAUUAAGGUGUCACCUUUUCGUCUUGACGUGUGGUGGGCAAAUAAACGUUUCAA